AUGGAGGACCGAGCAGACGAAAGUGUGGCGCAUGAGGUCACACUGCAUGACAUUCAUAACAAUACUCUACAGCGUAUACAAAAGGCUGAGGAUAAGCCUGGCGUACACGAGUUGACACUUCGAGUUUGGCUGAAGGCGGGUGAAUCUUUGAACAUACCAGUAGUAGCUUUUGAUUUCCCUCGAUACGCCUUGAUUGAAAGUAGGGCAUUAGAGCUACACGCUUCCGAUUGUUUGUCGUCGUGGGAUCUAAAACUACAGGUCCUUCGAUCUGGCUCUUGGGAUUGGUACCUUACAGAUGCGGCAAUACCAUUUACCUACGCCUUUGAUACAACCGAGUUGUUAAUACGAGCAUAUGGGGUACCGGUAGAGAGUUGUGUUGGAAUGGAGACGGCCAUCAAUUCUUUAAAAAUCGGCGGCGAAUCAGUUUCAGGUCCUUUUCAACGUCCACUUCGACCAGAUCCUUUAAAUUUGAAGGUAGUAUUGCCUAGGAAAAGAUUAUCUCUGAAUCCUUCGACCAGUACACCAACUACAACCCAACCUGUCAUCGACUCAUCAGAUUCAGAAAUCUUUAAUUAUAGGAAUCUGAAAAGGAAGAAGGAAGCUAAAGAUUCACAACACUCGCCUUUAGCCCAAGAAAACAAAUCAUAA